UAUGGUUUGAAAUGAAAGGAGAAAAUUUAAAAAUCCCUAUAUGAUUGUCUAUGUUCAUAGACAUAAACUAUGGCCAGUAUUUAUGUAUUAUCUAUGCAGUAAAGUGACGUCAAUAUUACUUUUCGCUAGUCUGUACUUUUCCCUAUGAGUGACGUUGACGGCACCGAAUUUUAAAUUAUUAUUGUUUUGUGUAGAGGCAAAAACUACUGAUAAAUAGUAUUUAUUUAUAAAAGAAAUUAAAAACCCGUAAUCACAUAACGAAAAUGGCAGAUCUUGCUCCUCAAGAUCAGGAACAACAAGUAAAAAAACUGAAAAGGCUUCUCGAGGGAUGGCGCAUGGCUUUGAUACCACUAAAAUCUGUCAUUUUAUGGGAACAGCAAUGGCACCCUUGUGCUAUUAUCGGCAGUAUAAGUUUCCUGUACAUUGUUAUCUGGCUUCUAGAUCUUAAUUCUCUAGCAACAGUGGCUGUAUUGGGCCUCAUUUUCAACUUCAUUGAUUUCAUAGUACCUGUUGUAAGCAACUCUUUGUAUGGUCCAAGUGCAUGGACUGGACAGAAAGAAAAGAUGUUUGAAGAGAUUUGCAGGAGUAUUAUCAUACAAUACAAUAAACUUAUGCAACAGAUGUGGUCAUUUUAUUCAUUGAGGGAUACAAGCCCUUGUAUGUAUUACAUAAUUUCCAUUGGAAUGCUGUGCACCUUGGCAUGGGUGGCUUCUACCAUAAAUAAUAUCUUCCUACUCUAUGUUUUAUCAGUGGUGAUGCUGAUGUGGCCCGGGGUCCAACACAGAGGAGCUUUAAAUUCUUUACUGUCGCUAAUUAAUAUGGCACCAAAAAUGAUUAAAUCUGAGUAGAAUUUCUAUGCAUCUAUGUUUUAAGUUUCUUUUUAAUCAUGUGAUGAGUCUGGUCAGUAGGUAAGAUUUUAAGUUUUAAAUAAGUUUAUUUUAAUGAGCUUUAAAGUGGUGUAGCAUUAUCAUUGGUUAAAUUAAAAUUGUGUAUCUUAAAUUAUUUCAUU